CAGUUGAAACGACAAUUCUGAAGAACGUCUCAUUUUAAAAGUUGAUUGUACCAGCUGCCAAGAUGGUGGACUUUAUGUCCCGUUAUCGUUUAUAUGGGUUUGGUUAUUCCAUUCCAUCUCCCCGACGCACAAUGGCAUCAACCAACAGGGAUUUAUAUAGGCUGACAGAGCCCCAUCUAUUUUCUACCCCGAGAGUAAAAGUCCAUGACUGCCGGGAACAAGCUAUGAAAGAGUUAACAGACCAGUUCACAUGGGAAACAUUCCUGUUGUCAAAAGGUGUACGACAGGCAAAUGACAGUGUGACAUCAUUACACAGCAAAGCAAGAGAUGAAACUAAAGAUGGAAUUAAAAAGCCAGAGAAGUUACUAUUUGAUGUGGGGAGGAGAGGGACAGCUGCAGGAGAUCUCAAUUGGCCCAGGGGGAUGACUGUUAACCCCCACACUGCUGAAAUUAUAAUAGCUGACACUAUGAACCACAGAAUUCAGAUCUUUAACCAAUUCGGAGUUUAUAAAACCAAGAUUGGGCAUAAAGGCCUCAGCAAUGGUUGUUUCAAUGAGCCAACAGGUGUUGGCGUGUGUCCAGAUGGCCGUAUCGUCAUUGCAGAUAAGAAGAAUAGGAGAAUCCAAGUACUCGGGGAAGAUGGUAGAUUCAAAUAUUCCUUCCCAACUAUAGACCAGCCUUUCUCUGUAACUGUAGAUACUGACUUUAAUGUUGCCAUAGCAACUGUUGCUAGGAGUAUUGAACUUUAUCGCCGUGGGGGAAAACUGUUGAAGAGAUUUGAACUUGGAGGUAGUGGUAGAUCUCCCGUUUAUAUUGCCUUUAAUGACAAGCGGGAAGUUGUGAUAAGUGAUACAAAAGACCAUGUCAUUAAGUUUUAUAAUUAUGAAGGAGAAUUGCUCUAUAAGUUUACGCCGGAAUCGACUGGAGAAAGCCUGGCGUGUCACCCAGCUGGAGUUUGGAUACACAAUGGAGAUAUUGUAAUUGCUGAUAAUCUUAACCAUACAAUCAAUUUGUACUCUGAGAGAGGUAGGGUGAUCAGUCAGUUGGCAGGCCCCACUGAUGACGUUGGAGCUGCCCAGACUGUCGCAGUUGGCCCAGAAGGGCAUCUCAUCAUGACAGAGUUUACAACAAAUGGACGACAUUGUAUAAAGAUAUUGCGCUAUCUUGAUUGUGACUGUCACAAAACCAGACCUGGGUCAAGUAAAAGGAGAUCUAGGCCAGGCUCUAGAAAUGCUGCGUCCUCACUCUCUUUUGCUGGGAAAUGAUAAUGCUCUCAGUAUAGUAAGACAUAUUAUAAUGUGAGAGCAUGUAAGAUCUGCCAAAACAGGUUUACAUCCAGGGGUCAACCCAUAAAGGCAUUUAAUGAAAAUGUGGCUUAUUAAGAAAUACUCAUAUCUGGGACCAACAAUCCCUUUUAUUUUAGAUACUCGAUACUCAGAUUUAACAAAAAAUGUAAAUAACAAUGGCUUAUGACAAAAUACUCAACACUUCAGUUUGAUACAUGUACUUUUAUACGUAUAUAACUUUUUUGGAUUUUCGGUGUUGGUUUUUACAGCACUGCAAAUAUCCAUGGUGCCAUUCACAAGUUGCAAUGUUAUAACAAAUGAUACACUUAUUGUGAUUGUUCAAAUGUGUAAUUUUGUGUCAAGCCAUCCCUCCCCCGUUCCCCAUAUACAGGUUUAUCUGUUUAUGGAUCUGCUAUACACAUGUGAUUAAUAUGUUGCAAGGAUAUUCCACAGCUGAAGUUCUAAAUAAUGAUAUGUUAUGAUUUUAUAUCUAGAAUUGCAUGCAUACAAUUCAUAACACAUAAAAGUAUUGUGUAAUUUCUAAAACAAAUUCUUCACUGGAACUUUAGCAUGUAACAGAGAGAUU